UCAAUGCCAACCUCUUCCUCCCCCAAGCCAAUGUAGCUUUUGCACUUUCUGUAGAAUCGCAGCUCAGACUCUUUGGAAUCUACGGUUACCUUGGAUGCGAAUCUAAGCAUCCAAACACUCCAAUCAUCAAAAUCAAAAUCACCUAUCAACACCCACAUAGAUUCCCCCAAUCCAGAACUCAAAAAAUCUCAUCCAAACAUGCAUCUAUCAUACCCCCACUUCACCUCAAAGCCCACCAUCCCUUCAAUCACAACCACUCAUUCUCACCUCAGAACCCCAUUCCAAACCCUCCCCAUGUCCCACUUCCCAAAACCCCACACCCUCAAUCCCAUCCCCAAUCCACCCAAAUCCCCAUCUUUCCUCCCAAGCUGCAGAAUCCAAAGCAGGUCCACAACCCCCAUCAGCUCGGAUGAUUCUAAUCCUAACACAAAUCCAACAUCUGAAGUGAAAGAAGCUGAUGGAAAGAACUUUUGGGGUGCUGUUAGUUUGAUCAUAGGCACUGCUGUGGGACCUGGAAUGCUAGGCCUUCCAUCUGCAACCAUCAAAUCAGGCCCACUUCCAUCCACCAUUGCCAUCAUCCUCUCAUGGGUCUAUGUCAUUUCCUCCAUUCUUCUUGUUGCAGAGCUCAGCUUUGCAGCCAUGGAAGAAGAUGGGGUUGAGGAGGUGAGCUUCACUGGCCUAGAUCAAUGCAUGGGCAGCCGUGCUGGCGCCUUUGUAGCGGUCAUCUACGCCUGCUUGAGCUUUUCCCUUUUGGUCGCUUGCGUGUCCGGCAUUGCUUCUCUCGUUGUUCAGUGGUUCCCGUCGGUGAAUUUGAUCGUGGCCAACGCCAUUUUUCCAUGUAUCACCGGAGCUGUUAUUGGGUUCUUCCCAUUCAAGGCCAUCGAUGCAGCGAACAGGCUGUUAUGCAUUCUCAUGCUUCUCUCCAUAACCGCACUCGUUGCGGUCGGUUCGUCCGUUGGAAGAACCAAUGUACUGAGUUCCUUUGGUUAUGCUUCGUGGAGCCCGGCUACGAUCUUACCAGCAAUACCGGUAACGGUUCUCACUCUGGGUUUCCAUGUAAUUACCCCUUUUGUUUGUAAGAUUGUGGGGAAGACGGCUUUUGAAGCACGAAAAGCAAUACUGUUUGGAGGUGCAGUUCCAUUGGUUAUGGUCUUGGCGUGGAAUGUGGUUGUUUUGGGGCUUGCUGGUACUAAUAAGGUGGCUUCUGAAGAUCCUAUUCAGCUUCUGCUCUCUGUGAAUUCCUCUGCUCUACCUGCAGUUCAAGGUUUUGCAUUUUCGGCCUUAGCAACUAGCUUGAUUGGUUAUGCCGUUAGCUUCCCCAAACAGCUCGUUGAUACAUUGGAUUUGAUCUUUCAAACAGCUGAUGCGAAACAGAUGAAGGGUUCUUUAGUGGGAGUUUCAAGUCCUUACGAGGGUGGGCGAGUUGGAUUUGCAGUUUCUUCAAGGAGCCAGAAAGGGAUUCCCGGGAAGACUUCUUUUUCUGGCUCUAUGUCAUCAUUAGAUUUGAGAAAAGAAGUUUCGAUUGGAGACUCGACGGAUGAUUUUAGCUAUCAAAGUAACGUGUUUGUGACACCCCUUGUGAUUGGUUCUGCAGUCCUCGUUGCUUCUUAUUUCCGCACGGCUUUUUCUUCUGCACUUAAUUUUGCUGGAGUGUAUGCCAACUGCUUUCUGUUCGGGAUCUUACCACCGGCAAUGGCUUGGAUUCAUCGUUCCAAGAAGAAAUUGAGAUCAUGCAGCUCUGGAGAUGUGAGCUUACUGCCUGGCGGAGAUGGUGCUCUUUUGAUACUCUUUGCCAUUGCUGUUAUACUUGGAAUUUGGCACUAGAUGACUACCCACAUGCCAACUGACCAAGAAAGCAUUUUUCUCAGUCUUAACAACUUGAGAUUGAGCAUCUUUAAUUCAUCUCAAUUGAUCAUGGAACAAACUUAUAUAUUGUGAUGAUUGCUCCAGUUCUUCUGGUUUUGACUCUUUCAUUGCAUGAAAAGGUAAAAAAUCUUCAUAUUCACAAUAUCCAUAUCUCCUAAUGAUGUAAAAACUUCUAAAAUCAUGCUUUUUGACCUGUGGGUUGCGACGGCAGUUGGUGUCCUAGUCGAUAUAUGACAAGAACAUUCAAGUCCAAAGCAACUCAUAUUUUUGACUCAUGCUAGUUUUGGAGUUUCAAAUUGUCUGAUUUCAUUGGCUAUCUGAUGAUUUUAGUAAUUCAAAUUCUGAAAUUACAGCAA